AUGGGGCGACCGAGUGACGCGAGCCGGGCGCGAGGGCGGCGGACAUCACGCCGGGCGGCUAGGACGGGCGAGGGCAGACACGCGGUGGCGACUGAGACAGCGCUGGUGGUGGAUGACGAGACGGAAGCAGAGUUUGGCAACAGCGGGCUAGCCAACUGCGAUGAGCUGGAGGCGGCACCGGGGCCGAGCACGCCUGAGGGUGCUGGCAGGAAGGGCGAUGGUGGACGAGGCACAAAGCACGGCCGGCGGCGAAGUACGCAGGUGUUUUGCUUCCUCACUAGGUGUGUGUCGUGGACGGUGGUGGCAGUGGCGGUGGCGAUGCUGGCGAUGAUUGUGGGCUCGAUGUCGCAGCAGAGCACGGCGCAGGUGGCUUCGACGGCGGUGCUGGCCAACUUGCCCGAGACUGUGGCCGGGCCACUGCGGGAGGCUCUUGACGCGCUGGGCAACACGCUCUCUGUGGUCAACUCGACCAACUUUGACGGAGUGGGCCAGCGUCUGGCGACCGAGGGCGUGCGGGCACACCACCCGCUGAUCUUCAUCCCCGGCAUUGUCUCGACCGGCCUGCACCUGUGGGAGGGCCGGCCGUGCGCGGCGUCUUACUUCCGGUCGCGAAUCUGGGGAACGACGACAAUGUUUGCGUCGUUUAUGACGGACAAGCACUGCUGGCUUGACCAUAUCUGCCUCACAGCCGAGGGCAAGGAUCCGUCAGGCGUCCGAGUCCGCGCGGCCGAGUCGCUCGAGGCUGCCGACUAUCUCUUUCCAGGCUUUUGGGUGUGGGGCAAGCUCAUUGCCAAUCUCGCGCGGGUGGGCUACGACUCGAACUCGAUGUUCAUGGCGUCGUACGACUGGCGAUUGUCGCUGAGCGAGAUGCAGGCUCGCGACGGGUACUUUUCCAAGCUCAAGUCGACAAUCGAGCUGGCGUACGAGCUCAAUGACGGGGUGGCGCCGGUGGUGAUGGGCCACUCGCUGGGCGGCAACGUCAUGUUCUACUUUCUCAAGUGGUGGGUGGACACGUACAUCGAGGCUGUAGUGCCGAUUGCAGCGCCGCUGCUGGGCGUGCCCAAGGCUGUGGCAUCGCUUGCGUCGGGCGAGAUGCGCAACUCGGCCCACAUGGGCAUGUUCGAGGGAUUGCUACUAGACAAGGUGUUUGCGCGGACAGCACGGAUGCGGAUGUUCCGGUCGUGGUUCUCGGUGGCGGUGAUGCUGCCCAAGGGCGGGUCGCGGGUGUGGGGCUCGGCCGAGGCUGGGGCACCGGACGAUCUCGCAGCAAACGCGACAUUCCCGGCGUUCAACGUGACGGCGCCGGCGUCGUUUAGUCUCGCACCGAUGCUGCGGUACAAGCAAUCGAGCGGUGAGGAGCGAGUGUACUACGCCGACGACCUCGGGAGCUGGUUCAGCGAGCUUGCGCCGGGCUGGUGGGAGCGAGUGACGGCGCAGUUUUCACUGGGGGACAAACACCGGCCGGUGCCCGGUGAGAGCCCGGAGGAGCACGCGGCACGGGUGGCGGAGGAGCCCGGAGUGUGGAGCAACGUGUUGGAGACGCCGCUUCCGGUCGCGCCGACAACCAAGAUCUACUGCUUGUACGGGACGGGGCUGCCGGCGGAGCGGACGUUUCACUACCGCGACCACGAGGCGGGCGGCGAGCCGGUCGACGACGACGCAGUGGGUGGGAGCAACGCGACAGCGGUGCGCGGAUCGGGAGAAAACGUGCUGCGGCGGGAGAUCGACAUCGAGGCGACCGAGCGCGAGCGCGGCCUGCUUCAUGGGGUGCAGGACUCGCUCGGCGACGGCACGGUCCCGCUCAUCUCGCUCGGGCUGAUGUGCGCGGACCUGUGGCGGCGCGACGAGUACAACCCCGGCAAGAUGCCUGUGGUGACGCGCGAGUACGAGCACGUCAACGCGCCGUUUGACCCGCGCGGAGGGCCAGGCACUGCCGACCACGUUGACCUGCUCGGCAACUCGGGCCUCAUCGAGGACAUUUUGCGGAUUGCGGCGCAUACCGAGACCGGCGCGCAUCCGUUGCUCGACGAGCGGAUUGUCUCACCAAUUCGCGAGAUGGCGAGUGCCAUCGAGUGGUGA